CUCAUCAGUGCCUCCUAUCAGUCCCCAUCAGUGCUGCCUAUCCAUGCCACCUCAUCAGUGCCCAUCAGUGCUGCCUAUCCUUGCCACCUUAUCAGUGCCCAUCAUCAGUGCCCAGAAGUGAUGCCAGUCAGUGCCGUCUAUCAGUACCCAUCAUCAGUGUCACCUAUCAGUGCCGCCUAUCAGUGCUGCAUAUCAGUGCCGCCUAUCCGUGACCCCUAAUUAGUGCUGUCUAUCAGUGCCGCCUAUCCGUGCCACCUCAUUAGUACUGCCUAUCAGUGCCCUUUAGUGCUGCCUAUCAGUGCCCAUCAGUGCCGCCUAUCA